AUUUUAUUUCACAAAGCAAUUGUUAGAUCUAUUACUUUUUUUUUUUUAAAAAAUAAAAAAAACGAAACAUAAUGACCAUGUUGAUGACUGAAAACAACAGUAGAUCACUUGAAUAUGAGUUAAUAUUAUCCGAAAGUAAGAAACGUCGUUUUCAAGAAAAUCGAGAUAAUAAAGAAGAAAAUACAAUAGCGUCAAUUAAAAUCAAUCCAGCUACACAGCAGUUAAACAGAUAUAACAUGGUUGCACCAGACUUCAAUUGUACAGCUAUUUUAAAUAAUGAAAUUAAUAGAUUACAACUGUCAACUUUAUUUGCUAAAUAUAAAGCUGUCGUCUUAUUUUUUUAUAACUAUGAUCUUACAUCUAUUGCUUGUAAAGAUCUUACUCUUAUCAAUCAUUAUUUCGAACGACUUCAAUCGUUAAAUACAAUGCCAUUAGCUAUGUCAACUAACACAGAAAUAACUCAAUCUAUAUUAGAUUUUAUACCUUCAUAUCCUCUUGUUGCUGACAUGACUUGCUCUGUUUCCCGUCAUUUUAACGUACUGCAUCCUGAAACAGGUCUCAUACAAAGAGCUGCUUUCGUUAUUGAUAAUACAAGACAAGUAAGAUUUUCAUUUUUACUUGAUGAUAAUAGAAUUUCGCAUUCUAUGGAUACCAUUUGUACUAUACUUCGAACUUUUUAAAUUAUUA